AUGAAAAGCAAAGAGCAACUGACACCCCAAACUGCGGAGAAGACGCGGGACACAUUACUAGACAAGUCACGGGCCAUGUCGCGGGACAUGUCGCGGGACAAGUCAUGGGACAUGUCACUAGACAAGUCAUGGGACACGUCACUAGACAAGUCAUGGGACAUGUCACUAGACAAGUCAUGGGACACGUCACUAGACAAGUCACGGGACACGUCACUAGACAAGUCACGUGACUCGUCACUAGACAAGUCACGGGACACGUCACUAGACAAGUCGCGUGACUCGUCACUAGACAAGUCACGGGACACGUCACUAGACAAGUCGCGUGACUCGUCACUAGACAAGUCACGGGACACGUCACUAGACAAGUCACGGGACACGUCACUAUAG